CUCCUCUUCAUCUUCCCGUCUGGUCUGGUCUGGCCCUACGCCAUACGCUAUACUUCCUCCUCGCCUCUUUCUCAACUUCCCCCAAUCUCUUUCCCCUUUCUUUUUCUUCCUUCCUGCUUUCUCCUUUGGUGUUCAUUCCACUGUCUUUUGGGCAGGAGUGCCUUGACUCCGCCCUUCCAUCCUCACUCUCAUCCCUCCUGUCUUGUUCCACAUCUCCAGGAACUGUCUUUCUGCGUCUUGACACUUGUAGCUUGCACAUUCAGGGACACUCCACGCGUCAACUGAACCCGAUAGAUAUCCUGCAAGUUUCCGACCACCUUCUCAAUGCACCACCACUUCCUGCUCUAAGCCUCUUUUCUUCCUCUCCUUCCUUCUCCCACCCUCAACUUGUCUAUUCCUGUUCAUCAUGUCCCCCGAGUCGUCCAAUCUACCGGCCCAGGACGAACACGAGUCCCGCACCGCCCACGACGUUACCCCUCGCGAGAGUCGCCCUCGACGGUCGCGUCGCAAGAAGGACGACGACCACGAAGCCGACCGCAGAGACACGGUCCGAUCGAUCAGAGCGAAAGACAAUGAUUCAAAUCGGAAGGAGGAGGAUCACGACCCGAACAUGAAUAACGAGAAUCGCGAGAAGGAGCCCAAACGGGGCAGUCGCCGCCAGCGAGAUAAGUCUCUCUCGACUGCGAGUGCUCAUCUAGCUGCAUCGUCUUCACAAGCCCGCAAGAAGCCCAAGUUGGAGCCAGCCACUCCAGACCAAAGUCCGGCUCCCGCGUCGGUCUCUGUGCCUGGAACAACUGGGUCUUCGCUGCCGUAUGCACUGGCAGCAGCAGCAGCCACAGCACCAGCGCACGUCCCCUUGCACGCCAUCCAUACACCCCCCAUCUCAACCAUUCCUUUGAUGAAUACUGCCGUGACUGCUGCCUCAGCUCCCACUCCCACGCCCAGCACUCCGGGGGCUAGUCCUCCACGGCCCAGUAUUCCUUCCCAGCAUCCGCCGCUUAUGCAGCCGACGCGUUCCUUGCACGCGCCCUCGCCCCGACUACUUUCGUCUCAUCCUACUCCCCCGCCCGCGCCCUCGCAUUAUUCGCCUAUGAUGUCCUCCGCGGCACCAUCCCAUCAUAAUCACCAUCCUCACCAUCCUCCUCCUCCUCCUCCUCCUCAUCAUCAUCAUCAACCUCCUCCUCCUGCCGCUUCUCAGCCCACGCAGCGGACCAGCGGCCAGAACUUUGAUCCGAUUCGGUCGGCUUUCGACACUUCUUCAUCCGCCCCGCCAGUUUUUAGUCCUCCUACACAUCCGAUUUCGCCCCGUCCACCAUUCCGCGCCAGCGCAUCACCCGCCAUCGCCAGCAUUAUUGAUCCGCCAUCAACGGCUGCCCCGUCGAUCUACCCCAGUCGCACCUAUGCCUCUCCCACUCUAGGUCCGCCCAGUUAUCUGCCCUCCCCAGCAGCGGCUCCUAAACCCGCACCCACUCCGCCUCAAGUGCCAAUUCAAUUACAGUCCCAACCAACUUCUCCGUACGCACAUCGAUCUCCUUAUGCGGCGCCUCCUCCUCCAGCACCGGCAUCUGAGCCAUCGCAGUCGGUAGCGUCAUCUUCAUCUGCGAUUCUGCCAUCAUCAGUUUCGGCGCCAGUAACAUCGUCAUCGAUACCGCCGCCGCCGCCGGCGCCGCCGGCGGCAGCAGCGGCCACAACAUCCUUACCGUCCGCACCCAUACCAAAUACAAGGCCACCGCCCUCUCCGGAGCCUACACCAAUGGAUCUUGAUACGGAGUCGGCAACUGCUGCCCCAAAGGCAGCGAAGAAGGAAGUCAAAGCCAGUCCCGGAGGAACACCCGCGUCUAAUGCUACGUCCCCUAAACCGGUGAAAGCGGCCAAGGAAUCAGCACCCCCUUUGCCUCAAGGCUCGGGCCUGAUCUCCAAUGCGCUUUUCGGCGUAGACGGUGGCACCUCCACUAGCGAAGCCUCGCAGCGUCGAACCCCUAAUAUCAUUCUCCACAUUCCUCUCCAAGGGAGUGGUAAUAGAAUUGUCAACUUUGCUCGCCUAGCAGAAGAGCAGUACGGCUUCGCGGCGCUGCAUCCACGGUUAGCGGCCCAAAAAGAACGUCUGGCGCGAGUAGCUGCUGCCGGGGCUGCCCUCGAGCGCAACGACAAGACCGGACGCGGCCUUUCAGCUGGAGAAAGCGCCGAUGAGGAUCUGACGCUUGAUGCCGACCGCGAUAGUGAGAUGGAUGGAGAAGGUGCUAUUGGCGCAUCAAUGCGAUCUAACGGACCCGAGCUCAUGGAGGGCAAGAAGAAACGACGCAAGAAGAAGAUGGAGGAGUAUGAUCGGGACGACCCCUUCGUGGACGACAGUGAGUUGGCCUGGCAGGAACAGGCCGCCGCGAGUAAGGAUGGAUUCUUCGUCUAUAGUGGCCCUUUGGUGCCUGAGGGCGAGAAGGUGCAAGUGGAAAGGGCGGACGGUACGAUCAAAAGAGGUCGGGGCCGUGGUCGCGGUGGUCGCGGUCGGGGCCCUGUCUCUACACAUCAUCAAGUGCCCCUCGCCGCAGCCGGCUCGGUUCCUAUUUCUCAGGCGACUGGUCUCCCUCUACGUGGUCCCGGAUCGCGAGGCGGCAGUACCACUCGCCGAUCCCGGGUCAACAAGGCUGGAGGCUCUGCUUCCACCCCGGGUCGCGGAGGUAGUGCCCUGGGUCGCGGAGGUUCGAUGAAUACCCGCGGAGGCAAGGCGCCGAUGGUUGAGCUGGCCCCUAGACCCAGCCUCGCUCCCGCACCUCCUGGCCCCAGUCCUGCUCCAGGCUCGCAACCUGUGAGCAAAUAGGCUGGGUUUGAGUGGUGGGAGGUUUGUGGGUAGCUUCAAGGUGUAGUGAAAUAAUGCCUUUCCUUGCUUAGUCCGCUCUUAGGGGUCACGGGAUUGUGACCUGCUGCAUAUUUCGGGUAUCGGUGUUUACUCUCGUUCGGUCCUUCUGUUUCGUUUCUCGGCUCGUUUGCUUGCAAUGUCUGUCUACUCGUCUCACUCUGUAAUGGCCUAUAGUGGGACCGUUCACUCUUACUUCGAGUCUGGCUCGGGAGGCAUUUAUCCAAUGAUUACAACGAUUCUGAUUCGUCCUUCGUAG